GGAGCCCAGUCGAGCACCUUGGCUGACUGGGUGGUAGAGGUAUCCGAUCGCUUCUGGGCUCAAUCCGCAUUUAUGGAGCGCCUGCUGCACGCUUGUGCCCGCGUGCAGGGAGGAGGCAGCGGGUACUUGAAGCUGGUGUGCACAUCCCUUCAGGGUCAGAGGUUCCACACUGCUGUGAGCCGCCCCAAGGGCCGGACAGGCGCCGAGCACCUUUGGCUGAUGCGGCACUUGAAGGACCCGUUUGUGAAGGCGGCAAAGGUGGAGAGUUACCGGUGUCGGAGCGCCUUCAAGCUCCUGGAGGUAGAUGAGAGGCACCGGAUACUGCGGCCUGGCCUCCGGGUGCUGGACUGUGGGGCGGCGCCUGGGGCCUGGAGUCAGGUGGCUGUGCAGAGCGUCAAUGCCGCAGGCACAGAUCCCAGCUCUCCUGUCGGCUUUGUGCUUGGGGUAGACCUUCUUCACAUAUUCCCCCUGGAAGGAGCCACUUUUUUGUGCCCUGCUGAUGUGACUGACCCGAGAACCUUCCAGAGAAUCCGAGAACUGCUUCCUGGACACAGGGCAGAUGUGAUUCUGAGUGACAUGGCCCCCAAUGCCACAGGGAUCCGGGACCUCGAUCACAACAGGCUCAUCAGCCUCUGCUGGUCCCUUCUGGACUUAGCACAACACAUCUUGCACCCAGGGGGGACAUUCCUGUGUAAAAUCUGGACUGGAAGUCAAACUCAUCGACUGCAGAAGAGACUGACACAAGAAUUCCAGAGCAUGAGGACCAUAAAACCCAAUGCCAGCAGGAAAGAGUCUUCAGAGGUGUACCUCUUGGCCACGCAGUACCGGAGAGGGAAAGGGUCUGUGGAGGAGUGAGAGUCCUGCCGGUCAGUUCCCUCAUGGUGACUCUGACUCACAGUAACCCCACAUAUAUCAGAGUAGAACUGU